ACAAAAUACUAGAGUGGUUGCACAUUUGGGAACCGCAAGGUCCGUAUUCCGUAACCCUCUUCUGGUUCUCUCGAUCUCUCAAUCUGAAGUGGAGCUUGCGUAAUCGCCUCAGCCUUUUCAAAGGGAUAAUGUUGGACGCACAAGAUGUAUAGGUUCGUCUGUUUUUUAUGUUUGCCCGUUUCUUUGAUUCUUUGCGCGAUUUGAGAGAGAUAAGAGAUUUCAACGAAUCAGGUAGUGAGUUGUACUGAGAAGAAGCGAGUCUGUAUCUUAUGGCAAAACGAGCUUUGCAGCUAUUCGUGAGUAGAUUGUCAUUUUACACAACAAACGAUGAAUUAAGGAGGUUAUUUUUGCCUUUUGGUGAUAUUAAAGAAGCAAGGCUUGUGAUAGACCAUAGAACGCAGAGGCCUAAAGGAUUUGGAUUUGUCACUUUUGAAUCAGAAACUGAUGCCCAGAAUGCUUUGAAGGCGUUGAAUGGCAAGAUAAUUAAUGGCAGACUAAUUUGUGUUGAAGUUGCUAAGACCACUAGACCAGGGGAAAGUUAACCUACUGAAUAAUCUCAUCUCUAAUCUCUUACUGAAAUAGAGAGACUUUAUAUUGUUGGCAUGCAAAAUUUAUAUUGUUGUUGACAAUGGUACAUAUGGAGUGAAUGGUGUGUGAGGGUUUUGAAGUUAGAGUUUUCUAUACUUUGUAGAUUAUGAUGGACUACCUACAUGAACCACUUGGACUUAGUAUGGAUGCUUUUUAGCUAAUUUAUAUAUUACAUGAAUUUUCUUUUUCUGGUUGA